AAUCCGAGGGUGGCUUUCGCUGGCUGAGCUCCGACAUGUGGGCCUUCCUGGUGAGACCCGAGGGCAUCCUGUGCCUGUCUUCAGCCUUAUCAGUGAUGGCUCAACUCAAGUACAACUUCCCGCCUAGGCUCAAUCAAACUCACCUGACCCCUUCUAAUUUGAAGAACCGAGUCGAAGGUCUGAAAGUUAAGGGCUCAAACUUCACUCUAGAGGGCUUCCCCUUCCUGAUCGUAGCAGGCACUAUCCACUACUUUCGGGUCCCCAGGGAGUACUGGUAUGACCGCUUGCUGAAGUUGAAGAGUUGUGGCUUCAAUACUGUCACCACGCAUAUCCCCUGGAACCUCCAUGAACCUUUAAAAGGACAGUUCAUUUUCACAAAAAACCUGGACUUCAUGUCAUUUUUACUCACAGCUUCAGAGGUGGGGCUGUGGGUCAUUCUGUGUCCAGGCCCUUACAUUGGUGUAGACCUUGACCUUGGAGGCCUACCCAGCUGGCUACUCCAGGAUCCAAAAAUGAAGCUGAGAACAACUUACAGGGGCUUCACUAACGCAGUGGACAUCUAUUUUGAUCAUCUGAUUCCCAGGAUAACAUCACUACAGUACCACAAGGGAGGUCCCAUCAUUGCUGUGCAGCUUGAGAAUGAAUAUGGUUCAUAUUAUAAGGAUAAGGGAUAUAUGCGAUAUAUCAAAAAGGCCCUGGUGGCAAGAAAAAUCCAGGUGCUGCUCCUAACUGCUGAUGAUGGACAAGAUGUGACAAAAGGCCACAUAAAAAAUGUGCUUGCCACGCUCCAUAUGAAGAACAUCCACAAAGAAACCUACCAGAAGCUGCUUUUGCUCCAGGGUCCUAGCCCUAUACUGAUGACAGUAUAUACAGCAAAAUCUUUUGAUACCUGGGGCCUUUUACGUCGCAAUCUUGAUUUGCAUCUGUUGAUGAAAGACGUGCAAGAAAUGAUCAAACUUAGGUUCUCCCUCAAUUUCUAUAUGUUCCAUGGUGGCACAAACUUUGGAUUCAUGGGCGGAGCUGUGGAAACACAAAAAUAUGAGCCUGUGGUCACCAGCUAUGACUAUGGAGCACUGCUUACAGAGGAUGGAGACUACACACCUGAGUACUUCGCAUUUCAAGAAUAUUUUAGCUCUGUUCUAGUGGUUUCCACACACUUGCAAUCAAAACAUAACCCUAAGGCUGCAUAUAAAUCAGUGAUACCAACACACUACUUAACACUGUGGGACAUUUUGCCUUACCUGGAGAAGUCCAUCUCUGCUGGAGGCAUCCUCAUGUCAAAAAGAAAUGUUCAUGAUCGGGCUCAGGUGUUUGUGGAUGAGAAGUACAUAGGAGUUCUGGACCAAUCCAAUGAUCAGCUCACCCUUCCUGCCAAAAAUCACUACAAGAACUCCUGGACUCUAAGUAUCCUGGUGGAGAAUCAAGGCCGGAUCACCUAUGGGCUGAAUAUCAAUAGUGCAAGAAAAGGUUUAACAGGGAACAUCUAUCUGAAUAACUCACCAUUAAAGAAAUUUAAGAUCUUCAGCCUGGAGAUGAAGCCAAAAUUCAUACAAAGGAACCUACCUAAUCUGUGGAAACCAAUCCAUGAUCACAGUGUGGGCCCUGCCUUUUUCCUGGGUUUCCUGAGAAUUGCUAACAAGCCCAGAGACACCUUAAUAAAACUGGAGCAUUGGACAAAAGGAGUAAUUUUCAUAAAUGGACAAAACCUAGGGCGAUACUGGAGUUUAGGGCCUCAGGGGACUUAUUACCUUCCCGGAGUCUGGCUUCAACCAGGAAACAAUGAGAUCAUCGUGUUUGAGGAGGUGAAAGCUGGCCCUGAAAUCAAGUUCACAGAUAGCGCUCAUUUAGGCUUUUGAAUUUUGAUUAGAAUGACAAAAAGAAGAAAAUCAACUGAGCUGAGCCAUGUCAUCAGUGGCCCCUGGAGUCAGCUCCUCUCAGAUGCAACAGCAAGGGUCCUGGCGCUGCCUCUCUGCUCAUCUUCAAGCCGGCUGAGGAUUAGUCAGCCAUUCUUAACCUGCUAGAACGUUCUUCUUGUGGCUGAACUGAACUAACCUCUUGCUGAUGUUUACAAAAUAUGUCUACCUAAUAGUUCUCAUAUUGCUGCAAUAAAAGUGAUUUGAUC